AUGGCAUUAACAUUAAACAUACCUUCUAUCACUAACAUAAGUUAUCCCAUCGAAGUUAUUUGUAAACCAAGCGAAAAUGUGUGCUAUUGUGAUUGGAGGGUACAAAUUGAGGUAUUCCAUGAUGUGACUUUCACAUUGUCCCUGGCAGGAAUGGCCAUUUAUCUGAUUGGCUUAAUUUACACAAUUCCAAAAUCACAUGAAGCUCCGCGACAUUAUAAUAUGAAUCGACAAUUAAAUCAUGGACAUUCGAGAGGAGUUUGGGUGCCUCGCCCUGCCAUUGUCGACGCUUUCGGAUUUUUUGUGCUCCUUGGUCCCAUUGUAUCAUUAAACACUUUUGCUAUUCUGUGUGGCUUCUUUCUUGAUCAUGACAAGGAGACUCUUUAUAAAAUAUUUAUCGUAAUCCAUUAUGUAUCUUGGAGUUUCUUUUGUUGGAUAUUGAUUUGUGGUAUAUUGUAUUUUGGAAAGCAAUUGACGUCAAUCUUGAUAAAACACAUACAGGAUACCAAAGAAGCGGGGAGAGCCACCCCUUUAAAAGUUAAUCGAUUAGAAUAUGGCUUAAGAAAGCUGAAAUGGGUGCUUUACCUCUUACUGGGAACUCUAUUAUUUUUUGCUACAACAUCAAUAGCAUUCGCGUGCUUUCGUGAAUUUAUUUUGAUUGCUCCAAUCGUUUCCCACACGCUAGCCAUAUUUUGGGUAUUACUCGUGCCCGUUGUAAAUGUCGUCAUCGUGACGGUCCUGGCACAUGAAAUAAGCAAUAAAGAGGAACCAGUACAUAUUCUUCGUCAAUCAACUUUUGCAUCUCGUUAUUUACAUACAAUGCCGCCUAGUCAUCAUCUUUCACACCAUUCCUCUCAUUUCAAAUCGGAAAAUUUUCUGUCCACAAUUUCAAAAACGGAUGCACCUAAUUCAAUAUAUCACAAACCUAAUGUAUCUUCCUCAGUUGGUCAAAUAAGUCCAAUACAGCUACCAGCUAUGUAUGGCGAGGAUUCUAAAAUAUCAGAAGCCAAUAUAGACUCUAGACAUCAAACGGAAUCUUAUAGUCAGACUAAUUCAAUCAAGCAAGAGCGCCCAACAAUCAUUCCUUUGGCCCCUGUACAUUUAUUAAUGUCAUCAAUGCCACAAGAUUUGUCUUCAAAUCAAUCAUCAUAUUUACCUAUAGGAUUUCGAGCUAUGGGUGAAACUGUCACAUUUGCAACUUUAGGUGCUGAUGUACAAAUAGUUAAUGAAUUUGCUG